UGGAAUAGUUUACGACGCGCAUCUGGAAUUCUGGAUUGGUGUACAGCGUCGUGAUGUGCGUCCGUCCGUCGAUUGAGAAGGGGUCGAAUAAAAAUUAAAAUAUAGGAAUAUCAUACAACUAAUGCUCUUUCGAUACUGCCCUAGGUAAAUAAGAGUGAGGUAGUGCCCCCUGUCACAAGCAGUCAGAAUGGCCCAGGAGGAGCCCCAGCCCAGUGGGGACAGCAGCCCCCAGCUCAUCUCCCUCGGCUCGGAGAGGUUAGAGAUGUCCGGGAAUCCCGUAGAGGAGACCGUAGUGGGCUCCGCCACCCGGAGAAAGAGGAGGAGGAAGGAGCCCAGGCCUGAGUCCAUCAUCGUCUACCGCUCAGACAAUGAGAGGUGUACCGGAGAGGAGCAGGGAGGAGAGGAGGGAGGUGCUGAGAGGAGCACAGAGGAGGGCUCCAAGUUUCUCACCACACCCACUGGUGAAGGAGGGUGGAGUGACAGGAGCGUGCCCCCAGACAGCCGCUACGUGACGUUGACUGGCACCAUCACCAGGGGGAAGAAGAAGGGUCAGAUGGUGGACAUCCACGUCACUCUGUCGGAAAGGGAGUUACGAGAAAUGGCCCGCUCUAAAGAACGCCUGGAUGCUGAGUGUGAGGGGGGCGCAGGUGCCAAGCGUUCCUGUGGCUUUGGGUUCUACCAGGGACCCCAUGUGAUCCUCUGGAGCAUAUCAUGUGCUCCCGUGGUCUUCCUCCUGGCAUUCAUCACGUCGUUCUACUACGGAACGCUCACCUGGUACAACGUCUUUCUGGUCUACAACGAGGAAAGGACUUUCUGGCACAAAGUCACCAUCUGCCCGUUCCUCAUUAUCUUUUACCCGCUGCUGAUCAUGCCAGUGGCCCUGUCUCUAGCCCUGUACUCCGCAUUGGCCCAGGUGUCAUGGGCCUUCAGCGAGUGGUGGCUGUCGGUCCGGGACCUGGAGAAAGGCUUCUGUGGCUGGGCUUGUGGGAAGCUGGGGCUGGAGGACUGUUCUCCAUACAGUAUUGUGGAGUUGCUGGACUCUGAUAACUUCUCUGGGACUCUGCAGGGGAACAACAAGGCCCCCAACGAGGAUGCACGGACCUCCUCUGUGUAGCACUGGGUGGUGUUCCCUGCGUAGAGUUCACUGGGUAGUUUACACUGGCCAGUGUUCACUGGAUGGUUUUCACUGGAUGGUUUUCAAUGGACGCUGUUCACUGGGUUGUUUAACCUGGCCAGUGUUGACUGGAUGGUUUUCACUGGCCGUUGUUCACUGGAUGAUUUUCACCGGCUGGUGUUCACUGGUUGGUUUUCACUGGCCAGUGUUCACUGGUUGGUUUUCACUGGCCGGUGUUAACUGGAUGAUUUUCACUGGAUGGUUUUCACUGGCAGGUGUUAACUGGAUAAUUUUCACUGGAUGGUUUUCACUGGCCAGUGUUAACUGGAUGGUUUUCACUGGCAGGUGUUAACUGGAUGAUUUUCACUGGAUGGUUUUUACUGGCCAGUGAGAACUGGAUGGUUUUCACUGGCCGGUGUUAAUUGUAUGGUUUUCACUGGCCAUUGUUAACUGGAUUGUUUCCACUGGCCGGUGUUUACUGGGAUCCAAAUGGAAGAAAACUGGCCAAAACAGUUGUUAAUUUGGUAAUUUAAGAAAUGCUUGAUUUUGUUUGCACAGUGUUUUGCAAUGGUGUACUACACAGGUGUACAACAGUGUACAAGGUUGCCAAACUCAUUCCAGGAAUCACUUUGCAUUUGACCUCAUCCCUAGUUUUUGUGUAAGUUUAUUCAUAGAUUAGUUAAAAGAAAUCCUUCACCUGGUUGUCUAUGUUUGAAUUCUGAUUGUCGGCAAGUCUAUGUGGCUUUACAGGUCUAUGUGGCUUUACAGGUCUAUGUGGCUUUACAGGUCUAUGUGGCUUUACAGGUCUAUGUGGCUUUACAGGUCAACGUGGCUUUACAGGUCAACGUGGCUAUACAUGUCUCUGUGGCUGUACAGGUCUAUGUGGCUGGACAUGUCUACGUGGCUGGACCGGUCUACGUGGCUGGACCGGUCUACGUGGCUGGACCGGUCUACGUGGCUGGACCGGUCUACGUGGCUGGACCGCUCUACGUGGCUGGAACGGUCUACGUGGCUGGAACGGUCUACUUGGCUUUACAGGUCUCUGUGGCUGUACAGGUCUAUGUGUCUGGACCGGUCUACAUGGCUGUACAGGUCUCUGUGGCUGGACUGGUCUACAUGACUGUAAUUUUGUUAAGCUAAAAUUGCAGGCAAUGUAGCUUCCAUAGAAUGAGUUUGACACCCCUAGUUCACUAAUAAAUACUACCCUGCACUAUGAACACACACAUACACAAACACUGCUAUACACUGAAGACUGUGACUGUGACUCAAUUCAGUUUUGUAAAUAUUUGUACUUUAUUAUGUGGUGGCUGUUAUUAACAUACAGGCAUACUGUAGUUUUUAAAUGCAUCUGUUCGCCAGAGGUUUUACCUCUACCUCAUACUGUCUUUGUUUCUUCUCCUGAGUUCCCUGAUAGGUUUUUUGUUCAUACUGGAAGUACACUCCCAAGGAUGGUGUUUACAUGGCUGGGUUUGCUGUUGUAAUUGUUAUGAUCCCCAUGUUAUGAUGUUUCUUAAAGCUUGUUAUUUACUUUAAUAUGUUAAAGCUACUAGCUAUCACGUUCUACAUUUCCUAAAAUUAUGUUUUUGAUCAGGCUGGAUCCCACAAAUCAAACAUAACUAUCACAGAAAGCUUUGAUGGGGCCGACAGGAAGACCCGUUUAGAUAGGGGACUGUACAUGUAUAAAUGAAUGCUUUCAUUGGAUGUUGGGUUCAACGGCUUACAUUGAACAUCUGCGGUCAGGUUGCGGGAACUGUGGGAGAUUCAUUCAGCCUGAACAAGAACAUGGAUUUUGGAAGGAUAUUAAAGGAUUUUGGCCAGUACCUCUGUUUGCUAGAGGACAUUUUUGUGUGUGUGUGUGUGUUAUUUUUCUUCCCUCUUCACAUUUAAUUGUAAUUUAUGCAAAUAAAACCUGAAUCAUUUUGACAGCCAUUUUGUCAUGGGUUUGUGUACCAUUUUGUUUUUGUGAAACAAUGUCUAGACCUAUUUAAAGUCUAAUGCUGUUACUUGCAGAUGUCUCACAAUGGCAUCAGAUUAGGGGCUUUAACAGCCGGCCGUCUGGCCCCCUGCACAUUGUUUCAUGCUGUUCACAGGAUUAUGACAAGAAGACGUAUUAGGAGGCACUCUGGAGUCUGUUACAUACAGAACAUUAACUGGACAGCCAAUAACAUUAUCAAUAUGCAUGUAAUGGUAUGUCCCGCAAAUAGUUAUUAGCACAGAGUCAGUUCCUUCACUGGUCUCUUACCUCUGUUGCCCCUGAGGUUGUAUUUACACUGUUUUUCAAAAGUUUUUUCAGGUCUUUUUGUCCAUUUA